AUCAUUAAAGAAGUCAGACUCUCUCUAUUAAUACAUGUUCAUGUAAAAUUAUAAACCACAGACGACUGACAGAGAGUGAGGUAAAUGCAAAUUAGAUUGGAUGUUUUAACGGGAAAGUUUGACAUCACUGACAAUGGACUUAUAAUUGACAUCUUAUACCUGGAGCGUCUUUUGUGUGCAAUCUUCAAAAAGUGACUCGACACCGAGGAAAAACGUCGAUCGUUGAUUUGUGCAGGGUUGCUGUAUGACAGUGUAAUAAUGAUGGAUCGUGACACUCAGUGGCUGUACCAGCUCCUUGCUGAAGUGCAGCUGGAGAGAUUCUACAUAAAGAUGCGCGACAGACUCCACGUGACACGUAUUGAGCACCUGAACUAUGUUAAAGAAGCAGAUCUUGAAUAUAUUGGCAUUAGUAGACCAGGACAGCAACGAUUAUGGGAAGCUGUCAAACGUUUUAAAACCAACAUGCGACCAUGGUCAUGGGUGACCAAGGUCUUCAAUGGUCGAACUCCAGAGGGAAGUGAUCAGUUAAAUGCUGUUGGACCCAGCCAGGGGCCGGACACAGGGCGUGCUCUCACCUACCUUAUCCAGGACAGUGAACUGAUCUUGGGGGAGAGGCUGGGCUCAGGCUCCUUUGGGGUCGUUAGGAAAGCAGAAUGGCACACGCCAACUGGACGAGUGCUGCCAGUAGCAGUGAAAACCUUGAGAGGUGGCACAUCCAGGCAGGUAGACAUAGUGACUGAUUUCCUCCAGGAAGUGACGACCAUGCAGUCUCUGGAUCAUCCCAACAUUAUACAUCUCUAUGGUGUUGUCCUUACUCAACCACUUAAAAUGAUAACAGAGCUGGCUCCUUUCGGUUCUUUAUACGACACGCUACGCCUACGUCAUGGAGCAUAUCCUCUUUCCCGUCUCUGGCUCUUCAGCACACAGAUUGCUGCAGGUAUGGAGUAUUUAGAGUCCAGGCACUUCAUCCACAGAGACCUUGCGGCACGGAAUGUGCUCUUGGCUGCUAGAGAGCAAGUGAAGAUCGGAGACUUUGGAUUGAUGAAAAGCUUGGAUCAGGACAGGGACCGCUACGUCAUGACGGCACGCGGACGCAUCCCCUUUGCAUGGUGUGCUCCUGAGUGUUUAUGUGUAGGCUCUUUCUCUCAUGCCUCAGAUGUCUGGAUGUUUGGUGUCACGUUGUGGGAAAUGUUCACUUAUUGUAAGGAGCCCUGGCUGGGGCUCUCUGGCAGACAGAUCUUGUAUCAUGUAGAGCGGGGUGAACGGUUGGGGAGGCCUCCAGACUGUCCACAAGAGUUGUAUUCUGUGAUGCGUAAAUGUUGGGCCUACAAUUCUACUGACCGACCAACCUUCUCACAGCUUACCACCAUGGUAGCAGAGGCACAGCCUAUGGAGGUUUGUGCAGUGAAAGACUUCACAGAGCCCAGAAAACUCUCACUGCAGGCGAAUGAUCUAGUGACUGUAAUAGACCAUGGGCUGGAGAUGACUGAGUGGAAGGGGCAAAACCAGAGAACUCUAAAUGUUGCCUGGUUCCCCCCUGCGUUGGCGGCCCCCUCUCUUACAGCAGUAGGUAUGGUGACAUGUCCUGGUCCUCGUCCUGGUCCUACACUGAUCUCCCCCCCCCUUAGAGGUAGUCUGAUGCACACUGGUCAUGGAGACACUGACCCAGGACGGAGCAGGUGGACCCCAGAAGGAAUAGAUGACCACGGAAGUUGGAGGAUCCCAUUAGCAAGAGAGCAGGAAGGCUCCAAUCUGAAGAAAAUGGCAGGCAUGUCAAGGAGUCUGGAGUCCGCCCUUGGUGGUGCACAGGACAAAUGUCAUGCUGGUGGGAGUGCAGCUCAAAGAACCAAUGACCGCAGACCCAUGCACAAAUGCACCAAACCCCUGAUGACUUUCCAUGAUCGGAGACCGGGAAACCCACUCACUGGUGCCUGGAUCCUUCCAACACAUUCACACCUACAGCUACAGUUCCAAAACCAACCACAGCAGAAGUAUUUCGUUGCAAACAACCUUGCCAAAAUGGCACAAUUUACCCAGUCAAGCCUUCAGUUAGAUAAUGGCCUUGAGAAAGAGAAGGAGAGAGAGAGGGAACAAGAGAAAGAAAGAGGGCGGGAGAAAGCUAAGGAGAGGUACCCACCGCAAAUUAACAAGGAGGCGGUCAUAGCACAGAUUCAGGAGGCAGUACAUGGAGUGACCAGUGAAGAGGUUCAGAGAGCUCUGCAUCGCAAUGACUGGAAUCCUACACGAGCUGAACAACAGCUAAAGACUGUGAUGAGGAGGAGGAGGGUGUGGUUGGGCCCUGAAGAUGCAUGGCGGGCGCUGAACCACCUGAUCAGUGGAAGAUCGAGAUAAAGGGGAGCCGGAGGUGCCAGUUGAGGGGGAGAGAGAGAGAGAGAGAGAGAGAGAGAGAGAGAGAGAGAGAGAGAGACUCACGCAGCUGCGCUGCAUGUUUUAUGUUCUAUGUUGCUUUAUGUUUAUUUAUACCAUUCGAUUUUACAUUGACUCUUCAGCCUGUUCCCGCCUCCUCCUUGUAUGACCUUGAAUGGUUAGGGAGGGAGGGAGGAGGGAUGCGCAUUGUCACGGCCCAGCCACGCCCUCUUCUUCGUCACACAUAGCCACCCAGACUAGUACAGCUCCUAAAGGGCUAAAAGAAAUUAGGCAGAUUAAGAACACUUUUAAAAUUUGGGUUUGUACACUUCUGUUAUCCUUAACAAUCUAAAACUCUUGAAUACUCUUCUUAAAAUACCGAUACUGGCUCUUCAGGCUUUUAAUAAAAUUGUGACAGAUAAGUGACUUUUCAUAUGCACCAUAAAGGACCGUUGCAAAUUUCUUGGAUGGGUGAUGAUAAUGACUCCGUCUUAUUAAGGAAGUCUGAGCACCAUCUUUAAGGUGCAAAUUUAGUCUAUAUUGUAAAGGCAAUUAAAAAUGCUUACAUUAGCACAGAGGUAAGAACAUUUCUAAGAGUUAUUAUUAAUCAAUAUGUAACAUUUAAAAGUGCACUCAGUAAUUUUUCCUAUUAAAAUGUUACUCCUAAAGAAAUUAACAAAUUUUGAAACAAAUGUACUCAUGUGAGAUGAAGAGUUUAGUCAUAUCAGUAACCUUAAAAGCUGUUUAAUUCUACAUGGGGCAGGGUUGCCCUCAUGGGGGGCUGCCAUUUUAAAAUCACAUGACCAGCUGAAUACUACUGGUUUAAUCUCAGUAACCGUCUUGUUAUUGGACACUUUCACUAUUGGAUUAAAUUAUCAUGGCUGAUUGUGAAAAGUGAAUUUCUACAAUGGUAUCUGUAUCUGAAAACUAUUGAUUUUUAAUGAUGCUGCAGCCAAGCCGCUAGGUGUCAGUGUUAGUCCAAGAUGACACAAAGACAAAAGUUCCUGAGUGCAGCUUUUAACAAUAGUAUCAACUGAAGUUCUACUGAACUUGCAAUGGGUAAAGGCUAAAAAGAAAUGAAAUGGGACUGUGUUCGUGUGCGUGUGUGCGCAUGCGCACUAAAUAUGAGAAUUCUUUUAACCAGCCCCAGACUAUGGAGGACAAAACAUGCAAAAAUAAUAAAUAAAUGUAAUAAGAAAAUAAAGGAAUAAAUGUCUUGAUAAAUCAAAUAUAAUUAGUUUUUAAUGAAAGUUAUUCCUGAAUUUAUUUUUGUAUGACUUUUUUCCUUUAUUUAUUAUUUUCUCUUUUUAUUUUUAUUCUUUAAAACAUUUUUAUUCUUUCAUUUGUUUUUUAAUAAUUAUUUAUUUAUGCAUUCAUUUAUUUUUAUAUGUAUUUAUUUCCACAUGUAUUUAUUUCUGUAUUUAAAUAUUCCCACAUUUAUUUAUUUUUGUAUUUAUUCUUACAUUUCUGUCUCUUGUAUGAUAAUGAUGUGGGCGGGUCCUGCUCACCAUUGGUUUAUUGUAGAUUGAAGCGUGUGCUCGAUUACUCUUGACUUGUUUUGAUGUGACGUUAGGUCAUAGCCAUAUCGUGUAAACUAAAGCUAUUUGUGGGGCUAAAAACAUAAGAGCUUAAGUCAAUCCAAGAUUUAUUGGUUAUACUACAAUCACAAAAUAAAUGGGGAGCUGUUUCUUCAACAAAUCCACAAAAUGAGCAAGUUUCAUAAAUGAUAUGAUUUAACCUUCAUACUUUUCUUUUUUAUAUUCUGUGUAUAUAACUUAAUAUUUUGAUGUCCGCAAAUCAGUACUAUUGAUUUCUGUUGUUAUGAUUGUCCAUUGUAAAAGAUACAACCAUGCUUCAUUUCCCUGAUCGUUUAUGUAUGUAUUUAUAAGUUCU